UCGGCCACCGUCUCUGAAUUUUCUGGCAGAGGAGGACGGUUGAAAAGUGGGAACACAGGUAAAGAAGGAAGAUGAACGUGCUAGUCGGUGAAGAGACGAAGACGAAAUGUGGAUGCGCGCGCGCGCGCGCGCAGCUUCUUUCACUUCUACAAACUGGCACCACGUUCCAUCCUUAUGUCAGAGGGACUUGGAGGCAAGGCAAUAGCCGUUUGCACAUCGGCUCGACCGUCCGAGCUGUUUCACGCCGCGUGUUUGCCACGAGAUAUCUCUGGCGUUCCUAGUGAUUUUUCGCGUCACGCGUCCGUCGUUUCUGUUAUCGAGUAGUCUAUGUAAAGCGGAAUAUCUGUCGUUAAAGACGGCUUGGUCAGAUGUAGGUCGCUUUUCUAAAGAGGCCAUUUAUCAAGGACAUUGUUCGGAAGGAUUCUCAAUAAUUUUCGGCGAGCAACGGAGCGGUCGUUAAAGAGUUCACGAGGUUGCACGAGCAAGGAGAGCAUGCCACGUAGAUUUUGGCAACGCGUGGACCAAUAUUACGACGCGUAACAGGAACAUUCUUCUAAACGAGCAGGCUCGGCGAAUAAUUAUUAUACUAGGAUAAAUCAAUGUCCCGCGUGGAUGAGACAGACGAUGAGAGAAUGUCGUGUCUGGGGGACAGUUCUGCUUCUCCUCAAUAUUUCAACUCCCGCGAUAGACGCGUACACAGCCAGAGAGCUUACCUCGACGAACGAUGAGAGACGAAGAUCCUUCGAGACGGAGGAUUCUGUGUAUUCUUGGACAGGACCGAACGCCUUGGCGAGAUCGGCUUUGGUGGAACGUCAGGAGAGAUUGCAGUACAAUUGCGAGGAGAUUCUAGGGGACAGAGUUACCCAGGAAGACGACCUGAACCCGGAAUCCUUCAGGAACAUCCUAGUCGACGAGCAGCACGAACUUCUCUACUGUUACGUUCCAAAGGUUGCCUGCACGAACUGGAAACGAGUUCUGAUGGUCGCCACGGGGAAGUGGCCAGGUAAUGAUCCCAUGGAGAUACCGGCUGAUCAGGCGCAUUCCCCGGGUACCUUCCAAAGGCUGAGUAACUAUACCUUGUCCGAAAUAGAACGGAUGCUGGCGACUUACGACAAGCUGAUAGUCGUCAGACACCCUCUCGAGAGAUUGUUGUCCGCCUACAGGAACAAGUUGGAGGCGAAACACGAGAAGAGCUCGAGGUACUUUCAAACUCGUUUCGGGAAGAAGAUUAUCAGGAGGUACAGGCAAAACGCGACCGAGGAGUCGCUGAGAAACGGAGACGACGUGACGUUCCGGGAGUUCGUGCAGUUCAUCACGGACGAUUCGUCAAACGAGACGCGGAACGAGCAUUGGAAGCCUAUAUACGAGCUGUGUCAACCGUGCUUGGUUAAUUAUAAUCUCGUCAGCAAGUACGAGAGCCUGGUCGAGGAUGCCACGGAGGUCUUGGAGCGAAUGGGCGUCGAGUCGGUCAGUUUCCCGGCGAAACCAGCGAACAGCGUGCCAACGGUGAAGAAGCUGGAAAAGUACUAUUCAACGUUGACAUACAAGCAGCUACGAAAAUUGGCGAGCUUGUACAGAUUAGACCUAAGGCUGUUCGAUUACUCGUUGGAGGACGUGCUCGGGUUCUCGUUAGCGUGACUCAAUAUUUUUUCCGCAAGAAUUCCUGAGAAGAAUACGCUUCGAGUCGUGAAUAGGCGCGUUAACGGUUAAAUAGGCUAAGUGUUUACUCGGUUCUACGUAUCGCGCGAGUCAAGCCGAUUCCUGUCCUCGAUAUGCAGGCACCGGUUCGCGUGCAUUCAUUUGUACGAGUCUACUCUAUUGUACUUACCAGUGUAAUUAUUAAUUAAUGAGCUGAAUCACGGAAUGGUACGGUGAGGUAGCCGCUGAUCCGAAUAUCUUCGAGGUAGCAGCUUCGUCGAGCAGAGAGAUUCUUCCUCCUUUGUCGUCGCUCUUCUUAUUUUUGAAACCAGCUCGAACCUCGUGCCAAGAAUUUAAGGAUAUAGAAACCGGUGGAUGGGUUGUUUGUGCCAGUGAAACACCUGUCGAUAGCUUCCUCCGACGAUUGUGAUUUUCCUUCGGUUCGUAGAUUUUAAAUAUCCCAGUUUUAUUUAUACGAAUAUUUUCCGCUAUUUAUUCAAACACUUAUAAUUACCGGCGGCCACGUGAACGCCGCCUUAGCAGUCUGGCUUACCACCGUAACAGAAUUCCCGCCAUAUUUGUGUACCUACGUAUUUUAAUAACCUGUACAAAAUGUACGACUUACAUUCCUAUGAUUAAUCGAUUUACAGCAUGUAGUCUAAGUUACCAGCCGAGCCCCUCGUUUUCCUCGAUACACACUUGUAUUUUCAUCGCGAAUAAAAUAAAGAAAUAUUUUAUAUAAC